GGGCCUUUUCCGGUGCGUGUCGGCUUCUUAUUACGUUUAUCCUGUUUAGCCACGGAAGGAAGUAAUUCUAAGAUGCUGUGUAAUACGCAUGCGUAGUAGCGGCUGGCGAGUGUGUAGUUCGGUCAGCUUGAGGAGACGAAACGAUGCCGGAUUAUCUGGGAACCGAUCAGCGCAAAACCAAAGAAGAGGAGAAGGAGGAUAAGCCCAUCCGCGCUUUGGAUGAAGGUGACAUUGCUUUGUUGAAAACCUAUGGACAGAGCACAUACUCGAGGCAGAUCAAGCAAGUAGAAGAUGACAUUCAGCAGUUACUUAAGAAAAUCAAUGAACUCACAGGUAUUAAAGAAUCAGACACUGGCUUGGCUCCCCCUGCUCUCUGGGAUCUGGCAGCAGAUAAGCAAACUCUUCAAAGUGAGCAACCUCUGCAAGUGGCAAGGUGCACAAAGAUAAUCAAUGCAGAUUCUGAGGACCCCAAAUACAUUAUCAAUGUAAAGCAAUUUGCCAAAUUUGUGGUCGAUCUUAGUGAUCAAGUGGCACCUACUGACAUUGAAGAAGGGAUGAGAGUUGGUGUUGACAGAAAUAAGUAUCAGAUCCAUAUCCCCCUGCCUCCAAAGAUUGACCCAACUGUUACUAUGAUGCAGGUAGAGGAAAAACCUGAUGUCACUUACAGCGACGUUGGAGGUUGCAAAGAACAAAUAGAGAAGCUAAGAGAGGUGGUGGAAACACCCUUGCUUCAUCCAGAACGGUUUGUCAAUCUUGGGAUUGAGCCCCCUAAAGGAGUGCUUCUCUUUGGCCCGCCUGGGACAGGAAAAACUCUCUGUGCUCGUGCUGUUGCUAAUAGGACAGAUGCCUGCUUCAUCCGAGUGAUUGGAUCUGAGCUGGUGCAGAAAUACGUAGGAGAGGGUGCUCGAAUGGUUCGAGAACUCUUUGAAAUGGCCAGAACAAAAAAAGCUUGCCUGAUCUUCUUUGAUGAAAUAGAUGCUAUUGGAGGAGCUCGCUUUGAUGAUGGGGCUGGAGGAGACAAUGAAGUCCAGCGCACUAUGUUAGAAUUGAUAAACCAGCUUGAUGGCUUCGAUCCAAGAGGCAAUAUCAAAGUACUGAUGGCAACUAACAGACCUGAUACUUUGGAUCCAGCUCUGAUGAGACCUGGGAGACUGGAUAGGAAGAUUGAAUUUAGCCUACCAGAUCUGGAGGGACGAACUCACAUAUUCAAGAUACAUGCCCGUUCAAUGAGUGUUGAAAGAGACAUAAGAUUUGAGUUGCUGGCUCGACUGUGUCCUAACAGCACUGGUGCUGAAAUUCGGAGUGUCUGUACAGAGGCGGGUAUGUUUGCCAUCAGAGCGAGGAGAAAAAUUGCAACUGAAAAAGACUUCUUGGAAGCUGUGAACAAAGUCAUCAAGUCAUAUGCCAAGUUCAGUGCUACACCUCGCUACAUGACUUACAACUGAUCCUGAAAUAGCCUUCAUACUGAUAAUUAUAUACAGAGUAAUAUCAAGAGUGUGAUGUAACCUCAUGUGUGUGAUGUAACAUAGUUGGGCAAGCGAAGAAAUAAAUGGAAUAUUCCAUGGUUGUAGUUAUAAUACAGAACAAA